AUGCCGCUUCCGAGCUUCUACAAGAGGGACCGCGGAUUACUUGGCGAUCUGCGGCUCUCCGAGUCCUUGGCCAAAAGCAGUGGAUCGGUUUGGACUUCUGCGGGCAAGAGUGGCUUGGAUGCGAUGGCCGCUUUGGGCGACGUUGUGGUGGAGAGCUGCACAUGCAAAGCGUUGGGUCGCGUUCCACGGCGGCCUGGCGGAGGCAGGGCCUUUGCAGAGGGCAGGCCGAGGGUAGUGAAGGACUUCAACAACCGGGACUUUGAGCCAGCGCUCCUGCGACUAGCCGAGCUCCUGGUGCCAGUGGCACAGAGCACUGAGGCCGCCUUUAGCUGCGCCACCGCGGUGGCCUCCGCGCUAGCGCUGGCGGCACAGAGCUGCGAUCAGCUGCAGCGGCCGGUGCUGGCUGCCAGGUUUCGGCAGCUGUCGGCGAUUUUCGGGUCCUACGACUAUCAGAUGAAGGGUGAGGAUUAUAUCAACGACAGCCCUUGGCCGAUCAAUUGGAAGCAAAACAUGGAGGGUAUCUUGCGUUCCAUGGCCUUCCUCAAGCAGCACGAGGUGCAGGCCGAGCCUUGGCGCAGCGCCGCCGCUCGCUCGGCAGUGCCGCGGGGCACGGGGAAGCGGCGCGUGGCCAUUGUGACUGUUUGUGACUAUGACCCAACGCAGACGCCUCUUGCUCGACUGUCGAAGCUGAACAGAGAUGCGUACGCCAAGAUGCACGGCUAUGAUGUGGUGAUGUAUGAGAAGGCACCACUCUUCGCAGAUCCCUUGGCGGGCCUGCUCACAGAGCCCCUGGCCCAUCGCCCGCCCGCCUGGUCCAAGGUGGAUGCUGUGUUGGAGACAUUGGCGCAGGGACGCCACGACUGGGUGAUGUGGUUGGACUGCGAUUCCUUCUUCAUGGACCCGGAGGUGCGCCUGGAGGAGAUCAUCGGAUUGGCAGAGAGCCGCUGCCCGGCCACAUCCGGUGAUGAUGCGGCUCGGCUUCGAGAUCUGGUCGCGAAGUGGCAGACCGGACCGGAGCAGGAGCCGGAGAGUCUUCUAGACUGGUACGACAACCUGCUUGAGAGCUACGCAGCAGAGGGUGUGGGCUGUGAUGCGUUUGAGCCUCCAACAACCACCCCGUCCAACCGAACGCUGGGUUGGGCCGAGUGGCUCUUCCAAGAGACGAGACCGCAGUUGGUUGCAUCCGAGGACGGCUUGAUGCUGAAUACCGGCGUCAUGCGCAGCACUGAGAUUGCUGACAUAUCUUUGAACGGUGGCAUGUUGUGUUGCAACAGUCUUUAG